AUGUCCAAGAAGGAUGUGGCGUGUUUCUGGAUCGUACUGCUCCUGUGCCAAGAGCUACGGACCGACCCGAUCGCUGAGAUGGGACCAUCCUCCGGCAUUCUGAUUCAAGAGACACCAGGGUUCAUCUUGACAGAGAAGAGGAUCCUGACCCGACGUGUGUUCGUCAGCUUGGACCCCAAGAUUUCCAUCGAGAAGGCAUACAACAUUUCAUCGAUGCAGCUUCCUGAGUUACAGACUUGGUACCAGAUGCACCUCCAAAGAGCACAGGACCGUGUGCGAAACAUCUUGGAGCAAGCCCGGAAACCAUUUGUAUCCAGUUCUAUUCAGAUGAGCAACCGACCCAAAAGGUUCCUCACCGCUAUAAUUGUUGCAUUAGUUUGUGCCACUGUCGGUGCAGUUGUCGCAACUGGAAUGUCUGCAGCCAACUCUAUUACUGUCCAAAAGCUGGAUAUGGAAAUCUAUGUGCUAAAGCAACACAUUACCGAUAUUCAUCAGGUGAUAAACCAGCAAAGAACACUUAUCCAAGACGUGCUAACUAUAGACACAGUUGUUACAACAAAUUUGCAUUCGGAGUUAAUUGCCAAAACCACUGAGUUGCACCAAAGUCAUGACUUAUUUAAGCGUGAACUUCUAUUUCUGCAUGAACCAAUAUUGUUCCACACACUUGCUUUUCUCGACGAAGUGCAAACUGGAAUGAUCGAAUUGGCAGGGGGACGCAUACCUCUGUAUUUUGUAUCCAAGGAUAUUGUUCAUGCGAUGCUUGCCAAUGUGGAUGGAGAGACAAUUGAGCCUAUGCAAUUAAAUCUGGCCUUUGAGAUGGGGAGCGCUAUACCUCUCUUAAUUGAUCCGGAACGUAUGGAGAUUUGCUUUUUAUCGGCCAUACCAUAUGUAACUCCUAAAGACAUUUUUAAAAUGAAAACAAUGUACUAUGUAAUAAUGAUAUUAUGGUUGAUUGUACUAAGUGUAAAGUUCAAAACUUACAGGUACAAAUAUAUACAAAAAUGUUCAUUCCACGCACGGGCCUAUGUUAGAAAUGAUGUGAUUGCACAAUAUGUCUGGUAA